AUGGAAGGGGGGAAAGAAAGAAAAAAAAGGCCCGGUCCGUUUCCACGGAUGCGUAAGGCUGGGCUUGGGAUCGGCGCGUCGGACGACGCGGGGAGACUGCGCGAGGUCACGUGUAUGGGCGGUCAGCUGGAGGAAAGUUUGUGGUUUGCUAAUGUUUUCUUUCGGGGCAUGCUUUCCCUUCCUUGGAGGCACUCUGUACUUCGUGAAACUAUGGGGAUGAACGGCCCAUUCUUGGAAGAGCGACGGGUGGAUGCCUGCGUUAAGCUGUUUGAUAUCGGACUGCAACAGAUUGAUAUUCCUAUAUCUUCGCUGUGUCCCGUGUUGCACGUACUCUUAGGUUCAAAAGGCUGUGUCUCAGGAGCUAGCCUGGCCACUCCUUUUGCCAAACCAACCGACGUUGCCAACGCCGAUGAUGUAGUUGCUGAGAACAUUGGCACUGCAACCGUCAACAACCCUAAUGAGGCCUUCGACGAUGUCGACGGUAACGGCAUGUCCGCAGCUUCCACGGAUGUCGAGAAAGAGUUGAACCCUGCAAGUGCCAUCCUGAUUGACUGGCCUCGGUCUCAGAAAAUGGGGAAGGAUCCUGGAAUAGUGAUGGCAGUAAUUGUGAUAGGGGAUCAUCCCGCCGGUAGGACAUUCCGGGUUUGGUCUGCGCCUGGGCUCGCUUAUUACUCUGGGCCAUCUCCACCGGCGCCUAAGAAAGUCCAACAUACCCGUUCGCGUGGAUGCGGUGUGGGUGGAAUGGCAGAUAUCGUAACGGGUGUUCGGUGUGAAUAUCCCACGGAGUGA